GCAGGAGCAAUACUUGCUCCUGGGUGGAAAUACUGGGAAUGAGAGAAAAGUGGGAAUGGGAAGCUAAGGGAUCUUCCCUCCUGGUAGUAGGUUCUGGUGACACGGUGAAGCAAGGUCAGCCACCCCCACGUCAAUGUGAGGACAGUAUCAAGGCCUGGUUCUCGUGAAAUGAGAGGCCAAGAGAGGUGGGGAGGUGUGAGGGAGAACAAGGCACGGUGAUGUGAUGUGCAUGGGUAACUGUGCGAGCUGUAAUUAAUAUGGAGGGCAGGUGAAGGAGAUAAGGAAAUCUCACCCCAGCAAAGCUCAUGAGUCAAGCAGGAUUUGGGGAAUUUCACAACAUCUCCGUUGGAGUGUGUGGUGUUUACUCUGACCUCUCCUCAGGCAGCCUUAAUUGCUGCCUGAUGAACCAAACCCAACAGCAUUAACAGACCUGCUAAUUACCACGGAAUGGAGAGGAACUCCUCCACAACAUAUAAAGGAGAACUUCCAUCACCCCCGGCAGAGGAGCUGAGGAUCCUUUGCUCUCAUUUCUCCUCCUGUUUUACCACUUCCCCGCUGCUCUCUCCUCCUAACACUCUGCAGGCAACACGAUGAGCUGGCGCUUCUCCCAGUUUGGGGAUGGCAAUUUCAGUUCUUCUUCUGCUCACUGUGGCACGCUUGGCGGUGGGAGAAGCUCAUGUACCGUGAGCCAUUGUGAAGACAAUAGAGGACAAGGAAGAUACCGUGGUUACGGGUAUGGUUACAGCAGCAGGAGUCUCCACAACCUUGGUGGCUUUAGGAAUGUUUUUACCAGCGGAGGCUACAGAGGAGAAGGAAGAGGAGAUGGGAUGUGCCUGGGGUUUGGUGGUAGGGGACAUCUGGAUAGGGGCUUUGGCAGAACAAGGUAUUUUGUGGGAGCUUCUCAAGGGGGUGAAGCACGGCUUGGUAGCACGUGUGGAAGAGUUGCAGGCAGGGAGGUGCUUGGUGGAAGCACCUUUGGUGAAGGAGGGGCUGGACAGGGUUUGGGGCAGGCUGGUGUUAGCAGAGGCAUUGAGGAGGUCCGUGUCAACACCAGCCUGUUGAGGCCAAUUGAUGUACAAGUUGACCCUGAGUUCCAGAGAGUGAGAUUGGAUGAGAAAGAGCAGAUUAAGGAUCUCAACAACAAAUUUGCAUCGUUCAUCGAUAAGGUCCAGUGUCUUGAGCGGCAGAACCAGGCUCUGAUCGCCAAAUGGGAACUGCUGCAGCAGCAAAGUGUUGGACCAGAAGAGAGCAGAAACAUCACCUCCUUCUUCCAGUCUUACAUCAGCAACCUGCAGAGGCAGCUGGAAACGCUCCAGAGCCAGCGGGAGCAGCUGGAUCCGGAAGCUUACAAUAUGCUUCAGUUUGUGGAGGAUUAUAAAAAGAGAUUCGAGGAUGAGAUCAACAAGCGCGCCUCCAAAGAAGAGGAGUUUGUGGAGCUUAAAAAGGAACUGGACAGCGUUUACAUGGGAAAAAUGGAAUUUGACAUUCGGGUGGAAAUCCUGAAGCAGGAGCUUGAGUUCCUCAGAUGCUUGCAUGAAGCUGAGCUGUCCCAGCUACAAACAGUAGUUGGCAACACCAAUGUCGUUCUGUCCAUGGACGACAGUAGAGAACUGAACAUGGACGGCAUCAUUGAAGAAGUCAGGCAGGAGUACGAGACAAUUGCUCAGAGGAGCAAAGCUGAAGUAGAUGCCAUGUACCGGGGCAGGUACCAGGACCUGCAGAACAUAAGGGUUGGAAAAUCCCAUAGGAGGGAAAUGGGAACACUCUGUUUGUGCCCCCUGCAGAACGCCAGCCUCCAAGAGAGCAUCAAAGACGCUGAGCAGCGCGGGAGCAAUGCCGUCAGGGAUGGCCAGGAGAAGCUCCAGGAGCUGGAAAACGCCCUGCAGCAGGCCAGCAACGACCUCGCUCAUCUUCUUCAUGAUUAUCAGGAGCUGCUGAACGCAAAAUUGGCCUUGGAUAUUGAAAUUGCCAUGUACCGAUCACUCCUUGAGGAGGAGGAGACCAGGUUGGAGGAGGAGGAGGCUCAAAAGGAGGCUCCAUCUGUGGAGGAGGAAGCUCAGGAAGUGGUGGGUCCAUAUGUGGUGGAGGAGGAGGAGGAGGCUCCAAGGGAGGCUCCAUCUCUGGAGGAGGAGGAAGCUCAGGAAGUGGUGGGUCCAUAUGUGGUGGAGGAGGAGGAGGAGGAGGCUCCAAGGGAGGCUCCAUCUCUGGAGGAGGAGGAAGCUCUGGAAGUGGUGGGUCCAUAUGUGGUGGAGGAGGCUCAAAAGGAGGCUCCAUCUGUGGAGGAGGAGGAAGCUCUGGAAGUGGUGGGUCCAUAUGUGGAGGAGGAGGAGGAGGAGGAGGCUCAAAAGGGGGCUCCAUCUCUGGAGGAGGAGGAAGCUCUGGAAGUAGUGGUGGAGGAGGAGGAGGAGGCUCAAAGGGAGGUUCAGGGUAUGGAGGAGGAGGAAGCUCUGGAAGUGGUGGAUCCAUAUGUGGAGGAGGAGGAGGAGGCUCAAAAGGAGGCUCCAUCUGUGGAGGAGGAGGAAGCUCUGGAAGUGGUGGGUCCAUAUGUGGAGGAGGAGGAGGCUCAAAGGGAGGUUCAGGGUAUGGAGGAGGAGGAAGCUCUGGAAGUGGUGGGUCCAUAUAUGGAGGAGGAGGAGGCUCAAAAGGAGGCUCAGGGUAUGGAGGAGGAAGCUCUGGCAGUGGUGGGUCCAUAUAUGGAGGAGGAGGAGGCUCAAAAGGAGGCUCAGGGUAUGGAGGAGGAAGCUCUGGCAGUGGUGGGUCCAUAUAUGGAGGAGGAGGAGGCUCAAAAGGAGGCUCAGGGUAUGGAGGAGGAAGCUCUGGCAGUGGUGGGUCCAUAUGUGGCGGAGGAGGAGGCUCAAAAGGAGGCUCAGGUGGAGGAGGAGGAGGAGGCUCAAAGGGAGGUUCAGGGUAUGGAGGAGGAGGAAGCUGUGGAAGUGGUGGGUCCAUAUAUGGAGGAGGAGGAGGAGGCUCAAAGGGAGGUUCAGGGUAUGGAGGAGGAGGAAGCUCUGGAAGUGGUGGGUCCAUAUAUGGAGGAGGAGGAGGAGGCUCAAAGGGAGGUUCAGGGUAUGGAGGAGGAGGAAGCUCUGGAAGUGGUGGGUCCAUAUGUGGAGGAGGAGGAGGCUCAAAAGGAGGCUCCAUUUGUGGAGGAGGAGGAAGCUCUGGAAGUGGCGGGUCCAUAUGUGGAGGAGGAGGAGGAGGAGGAGGGGGAGGCUCAAAAGGAGGCUCCAUCUGUGGAGGAGGAGGAAGCUCUGGAAGUGGAGGUUCAAAAGGAGGCUCCAUCUCUGGAGGAGGAGGAAGCUCUGGAAGUGGUGGGUCAAUAUGUGGAGGUGGAGGAGGUUCAAAAGGAGGCUCCAUCUCUGGAGGAGGAGGAAGCUAUGGAUCAGGAGGCAUUUCAGGAGGAAGCUCAGGUCAUGGAGGAUGCAUAUCUGGAGGAGGAAGCUCAGGUGGUGGCUCAGGGUGUGGAGGAGGAAGCUCUGGCAGAGGUGGCUCCAUCUGUGGAGAAGGAGGUACCCCAGAAGGAGGCUCCAGUUAUGGAGGAGGAAGCUCAGGUCAUGGAUGCUCCAGCUCUGGAGGAGGAGGAAGUUCAGGAGGAGGCUCCGGGUAUGGAGGAGGUGGAAGCUCUGGAGGAGGUUGGGGCUCGAGCUCUGGCAGUGGUGGCUCCAUCUCUGGAGGAAGCUCUGGAUCAGGAGGUAUCUCAGGAGGUGGCUCAGGAUAUGGAGGAGGAGGAAGCUCUGGAGGGGGAUCAGGAUUUGGAGGACGAGGCUCAGGAGGAGGAAGUUCUGGAGGAGGCUCAGGAUAUGGAGAAGGAGGCAGCUCUGGAUCAGGAGGUAUCUCAGGAGGUGGCUCAGGAUAUGAAGGAGGAAGAAGCUCAGCUCAUGGAGGUUCCAGCUCUGGAAGAGGUGGCUCCAUCUGUGCAGGAGAAGGAAGCUCAGGAGGAAGCUCAAGUUAUGGAGGGGGAGGAAGCUAUGGAGGGGGAUCUGGAUUUGGAGGAGGAAGCUCUGGUCAUGGAGGUUCCAGCUCUGGAGGAGGAAGUUCUGAAUCAGGAGGUAUCUCAGGAGGAAGCUCAAGUUAUGGAAGAGGAGGAAGCUCAGGCAGAAGAGGCUCCAUCUCUGGAGGUGGAGGAGGAGAAGGCUCAGGAUAUGGAGGAGGUUCCAGCUCUGGAGGAGGAGGAAGUUCAGGAGGAGGCUCCGGGUAUGGAGGAGGUGGAAGCUCUGGAGGAGGUUGGGGCUCGAGCUCUGGCAGUGGUGGCUCCAUCUCUGGAGGUAGCUCUGGAUCAGGAGGUAUCUCAGGAGGUGGCUCAGGUUAUGGAGGAGGAGGAAGCUCUGGAAGAAGAGGCUCCAUCUCUGAAUCAGGAGGAAGCUCUGGAUCAGGAGGUAUCUCAGGAGGAAGCUCAAGUUAUGGAGGAGGAGGAAGCUCUGGUAGAAGAGGCUCCAUCUCUGGAGGUGGCAGCUCUGGAGGUGGCUCCGGCUCUGGCAGGAGAGGAUCCAUCUCUGGAGGAGGAGGAAGCUCUGGUCAUGGUGGCUCCAGCUCUGGAGGUUGGGGAUCCAGCUCUGGCAGUGGUGGCUCCAUCUCUGGAGGCAGCUCUGGAUCAGGAGGUAUCUCAGGAGGUGGCUCAGGAUAUGGAGGAGGAGGAAGCUCAAGCAGGAGAGGCUCCAUCUCCAGAGGUGGAGGAGGAGAAGGCUCAGGGUAUGGAGAAGGUGGCAGCUCUGGAGGUGGCUCAGGGUUUGGAGGAGGAGGCUCAGGUAUUGGGAGCUCCAGCUCUGGAGGUUGGGGCUCCAGCUCUGGCAGUGGCGGUUGCAUUGGUGGAGGCAGCUCUGGAUCAGGAGGUAUCUCAGGAGGUGGCUCAGGAUAUGGAGGGGGAAGCUCUGGAAGGAGAGGCUCCAUCUCUGGAGGCAGCUCUGGAUCAGGAGGUAUCUCAGGAGGUGGCUCAGGAUAUGGAGGAGGAGGAAGCUCUGGAGGUGGAUCAGGAUACGGAGGAGGAGGCUCAGGAAGCUCUGGCAGGAGAGGAUCCAUCUCUGGAUCAGGAGGAGGAAGCUCUGGAGGAGGCUCCGGGAGGAAGCUCAAGUUAUGGAGGAGGAGGAAGCUCUGGAGGGGGAUCAGGAUUUGGAGGAGGAGGAGGAAGCUCAGCUCUGGCAGGAGAGGAUCCAUCUCUGGAGGAGGAGGAAGCUCUGGUCAUGGUGGCUCCAGCUCUGGAGGUUGGGGAUCCAGCUCUGGCAGUGGUGGCUCCAUCUCUGCAGGCAGCUCUGGAUCAGGAGGUAUCUCAGGAGGUGGCUCAGGAUAUGGAGGAGGAGGAAGCUCUGGAGGAGGAUCAGGAUACGGAGGAGGAGGCUCAGGAGGUGGCUCAGGAUUUGGAGGAGGAAGCUCAGGCAGGAGAGGAUCCAUCUCUGGAUCAGGAGGAGGAAGCUCUGGAUCAGGAGGUAUCUCGGGAGGAAGCUCAAGUUAUGGCAGAGGAGGAAGCUCUGGAGGGGGAUCAGGAUUUGGAGGAGGAGGAGGAAGCUCAGGUCAUGGAGGUUCCAGCUCUGGAACUGGUGGCUCCAUCUGUGCAGGAGAAGGGAGCUCAGGAGGAAGCUCAAAUUAUGGAGGAGCAGGAAGCUCUGGCAGAAGAGGCUCCAUCUCUGGGGGUGGAGGGGGAGAAGGCUCAGGGUAUGGAGGAGGUGGAAGCUCUGGAGGUUGGGGCUCCAGCUCUGGCAGUGGCAGAUGCAGUCCCCACGGUGGGGGGCUGA